AUGGAGCUGAAGAGAGGAAAGACCUUCAUCAAAUCUAGCCUGCAGAUUGACCAUGAGAAACCUCCAGACCCAGCAGCGACUGCCCUGACCACAGAGGAUGCACUCUCACUGGGAGGGCAGCAGCUGCCCCACAGUGAGAGGGGCCCCCAGGUCAGUCCCAGCACCCAAGGAUACAACAGAUGCUCCGAUCGGGAAGCCCAGCCAGACAUCAGUGGAGGGCCUGCAGCUCUCUGUGGGGCCACCUUCAAACUGGCUCGGAAGAGCAAGAAUCACGACAGUGUGCCCAGGGCUGACAGGGCAGCCACAGCUACAGGGCAGUUGGUGGGCAGUGCAAGUUUCCCAGGGCCCCCCAGCAGCCAGCGCAUGAUUGACUACCGCCACUUUGUGCCCCAGAUGCCCUUCGUACCAGCUGUGGCCAAGAGCAUGCCAAGGAAGAGGAUUUCCCUGAAACGACCCAAGAAGUGCUUUCGUAACCUAUUCCACAUCCGCAGAAACAAGACUGAGAAUUUGCCUUCACGGGCAACUGAAGGGCAGGGCUUGUCUUCUCCCAAGGGCCCAUCAGAGACUGGAGGGCAGCGAGGCAUAGCCUUCCUCCCCUUGGGCGAGGAACUGGGACUGGAUGGCCAGUGCCAGGACCUGUCUGACAGUGAGUUCCUGCCCGACUCUUCCUUUGACCUCUGCAGGGCACUGUGUGAGGACGUGGCCUCACUGAAGAGCUUUGACUCACUCACAGGCUGUGGGGAGAUCUUUGCAGAUGAGAGCUCAGUGCCAUCCCUGGAGCUGAACGAGGGCCUGGCAAGCCCUGCCCAGAGAUCACAGGCCUCUGACAGCAAGACUCCCAGGGGCCCCUUCCAAGGCAGCAUAGAGCAGCUGGCAUCGCCUGCCCAGAAUGAGAUGUCUGACUUUGCCAAGUUCUGGGACCAUGUGAAUCACUCGGUGAGUCAGCAGCAGCAUGCCCUGCUAGGCCCAAGGCUGGGAGGCCCCCAGGCGUCAGACACAGCUCAGCCCAGGCCAGAUGCAGCUGGGCUGGCUGAGCUCCCCCUGUGCCCAUGCAGAGAUCCCCACAGCAGCUCCAAAGCCAGCUCCGUAGACACAGGAACCCCCAAGAGUGAGCGGCCGGAGUCUGUGUCCACGAGCGACGAGGGCUACUAUGACUCCUUCUCACCAGGCCUCGAGGAGGAUAAGAAGGAGGCCCCGAGCCCAGGCACACCCACAGCCACCUUCCCCCGGGACAGCUACAGUGGAGACGCCCUCUAUGAGCUCUUCUAUGACCCCGCUGAGGGCCCUGGGAGUCCGAGCCUGGAUGAUGACUUGUGCGUGUCUGAGAGUCUAUCAGGGCCUGCAAUGGGAGCCCCCUUGUCCAUGUGCAGCUUCCGUGUUGGGGCAGAGGAGAACCUGGCUCCCAUUCCAGGCCCAGACCUGCUCAACCAGGGCUUCUUGCAGAGCUCUUGGAGGGGCAGAGAGUGCCUGCUGAAGCUCUGUGACACCGAGUUGGCCAUCACCAUGGGCAUCAUCAACUGGCUCCGCCGGGGCCCGGAGCUCCGCGCCUUGCCUGCCUCAGCUCUCAGAGAGCCGACAGCUCCCUCGGGAGGGCUGCUGGAGAAAGCAGGAGCUGGCUCUGAGAAGAUGGGCCUAGGUCCAGUGAAACUGGAUGGCAGGGGGACCCAGGCUUUAGAUGCAGGUAGGACCUGUAUGAGCUCUGCACCCAACAGAAAGGAGCUGUGGGCAUGUUCAGGUCCCAAGGGCCUGCUUGCUGGAGUGAGCAAGGUCCUAGCCGGGGCCACACAGGAAACCAGGUCUUCAUCCUGUGACCCCUCUCUGGAGUGUGUGCAGGUCUCUGGGGAGCAAGGCACACCAGGCCACCCUGAAGGCUCUUUCUCCUCUGUAGGGUCUGAAGCUGCCGUGGAAACCAACACAUCCAGGAGAAACAAGGUCCCAAACCCAUCUGUCUGGCCUCGCUCCCAGGAGCCCAGGCUGCCUAGGAACCUCGGGUGUUUCCAAGGUCCCUGGAGGCCCGGUCCUGGCGGAAGCACCAUGGAUUCAAAACUCACCCUGACAGACUGUGUGGCCCAGGUGGAAGCCCUACAGAUCAACCCAGACUGCCAGUCCCCUGGGGUUCAGCCCCCAAGACAAAACACAGGUAGUGGGCUCUGUGGGAAGCCUCAGGCUGGGGGCCCUGACAUUCUGCAACAGAAACAGCCUAAUGGCUUCCCUAACCUGGCUGCCAUCUGUAGUCUGCCCUCCCUGGCCAACCCACUCCACCUCCCACAGGACCAGAGAUGCCCAGGCAGCAUUCUGGACCUGAGUCAGCUCAGGGAGGAGCCCGCCACGCUGAAUGUCCAGGCCCAUGUCUCUGUGGAGGGCCGGCCCCUGCAGUUCAACUCAAGGGCUAUGGAGCAGGCUGCACAGAGGGGCCAGCUGGACUUGUAG